AUGAGCUCUGGCUCUCCACCCGCCGGUGACCAGCGAGAGUCGUCCUCCCGGGAGUCUGGCACUGCAUGGCAUCCGGCAAGGGAGUGGCUUGAUCAAGGUAAUGAGGACGAUGAGCAGGACUUGGACUACGAACCGUGGGGUGACAUGGGCGAUGGAAUAGACGAGGAUAUAAUGUCGGAGCAAGCGGAGGCAGAAUAUCAAGCAUACCUGGAUUUUACAGGGGAUUCGGAUGAGAGACUGAGAAAUAUCGACAUCGAAUUCACUUUGGAUGACGACCCUGAAGGAGAAGAGGACCAAGAAGAGGGCCCAGUUCAACGAGUUUCUGCUGCUCGAAUAGUCAACGUUAUGAGUUAUCACGGCCUACGACCUUUCUUUCGCCAUAGUCGUAUAAGUGACGAUGUUGAUGACGGAUCUGGACAUUUUGGCUAUGCAUCGCGGCGGCCAAGAAGAGAACAAUUUCCGAAAGUCCCAAACGAGGCGGGCAGGGAACUCAUGGGCUCUGGUGAUUUUGGAAGUAAUUCACACUACGUUGACGAACUGAAGAAGCGCAAUAAGGCACUCGCGACCAGAUUGAUGUGGCGAGAAUUGGGAAUUGAUGUUAAUGGGCCGCGAACAAGGGCAACGCAGUCGAUCUCUCAGGAUUUGAUUCCUCGUUCUGUGGCAGAUAAAAUCAUCCAUUACGACUCACGAUGCUAUUCAGGCCAAUUCUCUGAUGACGGCAACUUCUUCUACUCUUGUGCUCAAAACUUCAAGGUUCGAUUAUAUGACACGUCCAACCCGCACGAAUGGAAGUACUACAAAACCGUGGAAUAUCCAUUCGGCCAAUGGACCAUAACAGAUUGCACCUUGAGUCCAGACAACAGGUUCCUAGCGUACACUUCGAUCCGGAAUCUCGUAUGUCUUGCGCCAACAGAUCCAGCCGUUCAGUCCGACCCAACCAUACUUAAUCUAUCCGUUCCACCCGGGGAAAGAAGCGAAGAAGAGCCUUAUGGUGGUUCACACUUUGCUAUCUGGUCGGUUCGGUUUUCGGGUGAUGGACGUGAAAUAGUAGCUGGUACAUCUCAGAAAACGGUCAUCGUAUACGACAUUGAGACACGGCAAUCCGUUCUACGGGUAGAUAACCAUGAGGACGACGUUAACGCCGUCUGCUUUGGGGACAACUCGUCACCUCACAUUCUCUAUUCGGGAUCCGAUGAUACCACAAUACGAGUAUGGGACCGCCGCUCGAUGGGCGACAGCCGUGAAGCAGGUGUGUUCAUGGGUCAUACUGAAGGACUAACCUACGUCGACAGCAAAGGCGACGGCCGAUAUGUCCUGUCUAACUCCAAAGACCAAACGAUGAAACUCUGGGAUCUGCGAAAGAUGAUGACAACCGCAAAGUUCGACACUAUCGACGUCAACAACUACACGACCGGGUUUGAUUAUCGUUUCGAAACAUACCCAGACGAUUACUACGAGCCUCAUCCUCAUGACUGCUCUGUCGUGACAUUCCGCGGCCACCGCAUACUCAAAACGCUUAUACGGUGUCACUUUUCGCCUCCUGGAAGCACGAAUUCGAGAUAUGUAUAUACGGGAAGUGACGACGGCAAGGUCUACGUGUACAAUCUGGACGCGACACUCGCGGGGACGAUAGACGUCGGCAUGGCCACGUUUAAUUCACGGCCACGUGAACCCGAUCUUCUGAUGAAUGCUUAUGACUUCAGACCUAGAAGCGGCGAGUUGCUUUGGCGGACAUGUGUCCGUGACGCGAGCUGGCAUCCGAGUGCCCCUGUACUUGCAGCAACAUCAUGGAACGGGUGGGGAUUAUCGACCGGCACCUGUACCCUACAUUCAUGGAAUGAUUGUCCUACUGAAGAUGAAGGCAACCCUCCUGUUGGCUUGAGCUAUGGUGCUAGACUGGAAGAGGAGCCCGAUUUCAACGAUUAUAGGCAGACCAUGCAGGCUUUCCAACGCGGAGGGCCUCUUCCAAGAAUGAGACACAGGUAUAUUAGUCCCGACGAGGAAGACGAGGACGAAGACGAAAAUGAAGAUGAGGAGUCGGAAUAA